CAAACAUAUUUUUUUAUUGUUUGGUAACAAUAGGAAGCUGCUAUUAAUAUGUGGACUCCACGUCAAUUUUUGAGGUAUGGCCGCAGUUAAUUUGAAGUAGUUUUAGACAACUUUUCACGUGAAAAGCUGGUCUGAAGACAGUAAACAAACAAUCAAAAUUUGACAAAUUUGUGGUGCUUAAGACUGUUGAAAAAACUAGACAACAUUAUCCUUCCCUUACAAAAACACAACACUGUUACCGUUGCUCCAGAGAUUUUGAUUCACUUUGUUUUCUUCACCAGAGACUGAAAAAUCCCUAAAAGCCAUCACUCCUCCAGAUCCAAAUACCCAGAAUGUAAAAGAUUUCUGUCACCAUACCCCCUAGAUUUGUAAAAGCCAUAAAAAGAUCAGUAAGCUAUUACUCCAUAUUUGUCGUUAGAUCCUUAAAACCUAUUACUGCGCCAAACUAUUAAGAUAUCAAAACUUUUUUUCUUCAUAAUUGCUCCUUCAGCUCCUGAAAAGCCAUCAUAGGGCCAAACAAGAAGCCAUCACUUUCCUUUGUUCUUCAUCAUAGUUGACAGAUCUUUAAGGCUAAGCUCUCUUUAGAGAUCUAGUUGCUUUUUGUCCAGAUCAACAGAUCUCUAAGGCUCAUUCUGUUUGCUCACCAUCCCACACCCCCAUUUAUAUUAGUGACUAAUCUAAUAUCAACUUCCUCUACUUGUAGCUUGCAUUGGUUUUUGUUGAAGCUCCAAAUAUGCUUCAAUGCAUUUGAUAAAGUUGUGCACCUUGAUGAUAGUGAUCAUCUAUCUAUAACAACUUCAAAUAUUACUUAAUAAGUCUACAAUUUUAUCUAGUUGGAGUGUAUAUCAUCUACAGUGCUGUUGUUCUACUAAAAUGAUAUUAGUGGCAGUAGUUUUGUUUAUUAAUUUUCUUGGCUCAGCUAUGUUGUGUACAAUAAAAUUGAUGCUUGUUUUGUCAUACAACCAAGUAGCUUGUACUCAGAUUUGUAAUGAUAAUAUUUCAUUGUUCAUGAAGUUCUUUUCAAUUUGUUAGUGUAUAGUAUAUCAGGAGAGGUUAUGUGUUUUUUAUUGUUGAUUCAUGAACUACAGUUUAUUGAUUACAGGGGGUAUGAAUUUGAAGAUGUUUUUAUGUCUUAUGUACUAUGAAUAUACAAAUAGUUAUUUGAAUCAAUUGUAUUGUUGGCAGCAUGCUCCUAUUUUUUUAAAUUGCAAUUUUGAUUAAAUUCCUAUGUAUGUAUCAUUUUGCUAGAAAAAAAAUAUUCAAUGAAAGAUGCUAAAAGCUCGAAUAAAGUAUCUUGGAGUAAAGAUAUGCUGCAUAUAUUUUAUGAUAUUUGUAUUGUUGCUAUUGAGAAAGGAAUGAGGCCAAACACUCAUUUCGAUAAGACUGGGUGGAAAUUUAUUAUGGUUGUCUUCAAAGAGAAAACUAGUCUUGCUUUUACUAAGACUCAACUAAAAAAUAAAUGGGAUGGUGCAAAAAAGGAGUGGAGGAUUUGGAAAAAACUGAUAUCUGAAACAGGAGUAGGAUGUAAUAAUGAAUUUGGAACUAUUAAUGCUAGUGAUGAGUGGUGGAAUAAAAAAACUCAGGAAAUCAGAGGGUUUAAAAAAUUUAGACAUGCUAGGAUUGAACCUUCACUUUGCAGUAAGUUUGAUAGAAUGUUCAGCAAUGUUGUGGCAACUGGACACUAUGCUUGGGCUCCAUCUUCUGGAGUAUUAUUUGAUGAUGAUACUGUGAAUCAAAACACUCAGGAUGUUCAUGUUAAUAAAGAAGAAAAUCUAGAGGAAGGAAGUGGUGAUUCCAAGGAGGAUGUCAUUCCCAAUUACACAGCAAUUACAUAG